GCCAAUCAAAUCUCGUCGUCGCACAAAAUAAACUCUUAAAACAAACAAGUAAAGAGCUUCUCUUCUCUUUCUCUCCCUCGUGCGCCACUCUGACAAAGACUUGAGAGAUUGAGAGAGAGAGAGAGAGAUUUUACAGAUUCAGAUAGCUUUUCUUUUCAAUGGCGGCCGGAGGAGGAACAGUAGGAGUAGGAGGAGGAGGAGGAGGAGGAGGAUCGUCGUCGGGACGUACUCCGACUUGGAAAGAGAGGGAGAACAAUAAGAAGAGAGAGAGGAGGAGGAGAGCCAUCACUGCUAAGAUUUACUCUGGUCUUAGAGCUCAAGGUAACUAUAAGCUUCCCAAGCACUGCGAUAACAACGAGGUUCUUAAAGCUCUUUGUCUCGAAGCUGGUUGGAUCGUCGAAGACGACGGCACCACUUACCGCAAGGGUCUUAAGCCACCAGCAUCAGAUAUUUCAGGGACUCCUACAAACUUCAGCACAAAUUCUUCAAUCCAACCAAGUCCACAGUCAUCUGCUUUUCCAAGUCCUGCACCUUCUUACCACGGGAGCCCAGUCUCAUCUUCCUUCCCGAGUCCAUCUCGCUACGACGGAAACCCUUCCUCCUACCUUCUUCUCCCGUUCCUACACAACAUCGCUUCUUCCAUUCCUGCAAACCUUCCACCUCUUAGAAUAUCCAAUAGUGCGCCUGUCACUCCUCCGUUGUCUUCUCCUACCUCUCGCGGUUCUAAGCGGAAACUCACUUCGGAACAAUUACCGAAUGGCGGGUCUCUACACGCUUUGAGGCAUCCGCUUUUCGCUAUCUCAGCUCCUUCUAGUCCUACUCGUCGUGCUGGUCAUCAAACACCACCUACAAUUCCGGAAUGUGAUGAAUCCGAGGAGGAUUCGAUUGAGGAUUCAGGAAGGUGGAUCAAUUUCCAAUCUACAGCUCCUACUUCACCAACAUUCAAUCUUGUUAAGCAAACAUCGAUGGUCAUUGAUAUGAAAAGAUCAGAUUGGGGAAUGAAUGGGAGAGGUGCAGAGUUUGAGUUUGAGAACGGAACAGUUAAGCCAUGGGAAGGCGAAAUGAUUCAUGAAGUUGGCGUAGAAGAUCUCGAACUCACUCUCGGUGGCACAAAAACCCGAUGCUGAAAAAAAACAGAACCAUGAAAUCAGUCUGAAAUACUAAUGAUUGGUGGUAAAAGAUCUCUCAGUCUCCUUGUGACCAUAUAACAGAGCAAAAAUCUUCAGCAUUGUACAGUACAUUGGAGCCGGAGCUCGCAUGGCCGAGGAAGGGUCAAAAAGGGUCGAACCUCUUAACAUACCCGUUACAUUCACCGUUUAUACUUUUAAAUUUUCUCUGUGAUGAUAAUGAAAUGUUCUUAGAGAUAUAUAUAUAUAUAUAUAUAUAAUAUGAGUUUGUUGAUCACAGGAUAAAAAGAUUGGGUUUUGGAAAAGAUCAAUUUGUAGAGAGACUUAAGUAAGAGUGUAUUAAGCGAUUUCAUCUUUACAGAUAUAGUAAUUUCGAUAUCCAAUUUGCUUUCCAGA